AUGCCGACCCAGGACCAUCAGAAGCCAGAAUGGUGCAAGGAUCCUCUAAGGGUCAACCCCCACACUAAUCGACCUGACAGAAGGGAUCAGCCAAGAAACCCGACCCCAAAGGAGUCUUUGCCUAUCUUCGACAUUUCUCUCACUAACGCCUUAGCCGUGGCCCAGAAAGAGGGAUACCUCAAAGAUCCCACACCCAAGAUGGUAUCGGACCCCAGAAGAAGGGAUACGAGGCAAUUUUGUCGUUAUCACCAAGACCAUGGAUAUCUCACUAAUGAUUGUCGAAUCCUAAAGAGGGAUAUAGAAGAUCUGAUCACGAGAGGAUACUUGAAGAAUCUCGUGCCUCUGGGAGGGCGCAAGAACACUGCUCUAACCCAAAAGGAUAGAAGAUCCCGUUCUCGGUCACCUCAACCCCGGCCUCUAGUAAGUGAACAACCAGUGGAUACUACCUAUAAGGGAGUCAUCAAUGUAAUCAGUGGGGGCCCGACCAUUGGAGGGUCAUCCAAUAACGAGCGGAAGAAAUAUGCCAGAAGAAUGCUGCAAGUUGAUCACGAUCCUAAGAAGACAAUGAUAGGAGAGCUUGUGUCCUUUAGUGAUGAAGACCUACGGGGCGUCGAAACACCCCAUGAUGAUCCUCUCGUCAUCACCGCGACCAUUAACGGAUAUCAAGUAAAGCGGAUUAUGGUCAACACAGGAAGCUCGGUAGAUGUCCUAUACACUAGCGCCUUUGAUCAGAUAGGAAUCCACAGAUCCCACCUGCAGCCUUGCAGAGCACCUCUUAUAGGCUUCACUGGCCAUUCCCUUCUCCCUGAAGGAAUGAUAACUCUACCAAUGACACUAGGAGCUCCUCCUAAACAAGUCAUAGCUCAAAUUCAAUUCCUGGUGAUAGAUUUGAAGUCGGCCCAUAACAUCAUAUUGGGUCGAACCACUCUUCACUCCUUGCGGUUCAUCGCUUCGACCUACCACCAGAUUCUCAAAUUUCCAACUCCAAAUGGAGUUGGAGUCACCAGGAGCAGCUAG